AGGGGGAGGCGAUGUCGCUCCUCCUCUUCUCAUCUCUCCCCUCUGCUUUGCUCUGCCAGAGCUUUCAGUCUGCUGGGUGAGAUCAUUACCAGACACCAGGCUCCGGGACCUGACAUUCACCGAUCGGAAAAGCAGAGAGAGAGAGCAAGAGCGAGCGAGAGAGAGGCACACAGAGAGAGAGGUAGAGAAAAGCUUGACCCAGUGCAACCGGCGACGAGCAACCCCCACUACCAUCUCCUGCCUCUUGUGCAGCCCACUGACGACUAAAAGCGCGGUCUUGUCGCUGAAAUUCCACCCCCCGCUGCUGGAUUUGGGCUUGUAGUCGGAUGCGGGCUUGUUUUGACUGCAGUAACAGUCCUGCUCUCACCCCCCUCCUCCUCCCAAACCAGCCGAGUAGCGGAUUUGCGAGGGAUCUCAGUGCCGUGCAAGCUCUCCGAGUGACCAGCGAUCCCGCAAGGCAUCGGAGACUCAGUGCGCACGGCGGCGGCGUCAGCGGCGGCUCUCCACAGCGCGAGUCAACGCGCCAGAGCCUCUAAAGAUCUUAUUUCUACCAGGAACUGGACCCAAGCGCCAAGUUUCCGAUUGGAUUUUUUCUCCUCCCCUGUGCGGCUACCUUGAUUCUGCCACCAGAUCGACUGCAAAUCCUAUUUUCUCGCUCUCCUUUUUUUUUUCUCUUUGCUUUCCAAAGCACCGUUGACGCCAUUUUCCCCGGGAUUUUCUGUCAAAAAACAUAUCCGUCUCUUCUGGCACCGUUUGACAGCUCCACGGGAGGCUGUCACCCCAUCCGUCGCUUGCGUAAAAUGUCUCUAAAUGGAUUGUAAAUGAUCGUGAUAAAAUAUUUACACGUUAGAGCCGAGUGUGAGACAACAUUAGACAUGGACUGUCCCUGGCUUCGCUGUGUUCCUGUGGGACAAUCAACACAACCCCAGUAGCUGAUUGACAACAACCAACCAGCCCGACAGACUACUGCUUUCUAUCUUCCUAUUGGCUGGCUGCCAAGGCUUCCCCCAUCCUGACUGGCUCUGGUGGGAGAGUGGAUGGAGCAAAGGGAUCUGGUUGGCUCAGCCCGACCCAAAGAGGCUGACCUUCAGGGAGGUAGGGUGGGGCCAAAUGAAGGGGACCAAGAAGGAGCAGGAGGCAUCGGGUUGGCACGCAGCGAUGAUGUGAUUAACGGUGCCAUCAGUGAAGGUGAGGGGUUAGAGGAGCAGGGGGACGGGCUAAUGGAGGAGCAGGAGUUCUCCAUCAAGGAAGCAAGUUUCCAGGAAGGAAGUCUAAAACUGAAGAUACAGACCACCAAACGUACCAAGAAGCCCCCAAAGAGCCUUGAGAACUACAUUUGCCCACCGGAGAUCCGGACGACCAUCAGACCUCCAGUUGGAGAGGGCAAAGGGGGACGGCAGGGGCGAACAGGUAGUGGAGGAGGGGCGGGGCGGGCCCCGAAGGAAGAAGAACGAGGGCCACCCAGAAAAAGGACAUAUGAGCGCCAGUUCAGAAUGCCAGAGCAGAGAGAGGGAGGCCUGCUGCAACUACUGGGAGAUAAUCCUCCUCUCAAACACCAGCUUCGCAGCUCCCUCCAUCCUGCACACGCACUCUCCCACACACAGCAAACGCAGCACUCCCUCAAUCAGAAAUUUCAACACACUCACGCACCCCAGCUCCAAAUCGGUACAGACUGGAUCCCGUCUGCAGCACCUUCUGCGUCUCCAGCCCAUCCUGCGGAUUCUGAGGCAGCCAGAGACUUGGCAGCAGAUAGCAGAGGCUCGUUGCUAGAUCCGACCCAAGCUUUCUCACGAACGGCGACGCAAAGUCCCUCACCUCAGCGGUCUCUGACUCCAGAUUUGCAGCUGCCAGUGGUCACAGAUGCCAGUAUUCUCAACUUGACCUCUCUCAGCAGGGGGAAGGGUCUGCAAGAGGUCAGUGAGCAGCUCUUUGGGAACAUUAAGAGGAAGUACGGCAGGAAGGACUCCCAGAGGAUGCUCUGUAAUCCCCACAGUGCUGAUUCACAUUGGGGACUGCCAGAGAAAGGAUCAGAGAGCCCAAAUAAUUCAGAGGAGAGGCAGAAGUACAGGCAAGAGGAGACAGCUGAGCGGUUCCAUGAAGAAAGAGAGGAAAGGAGAAAAGAGGAACGAGAGCGAACAAUUGCUGGGAGGAAAGGAGACGAAGAAGACAGAGGGAUGCCCAUGCUGGCAGAGGAAGCGAAAGGAAGAAAGAGGCGGAGAAGGCCUUCUUUUGACGAGUCGUUUUCUGUAGAGGAGCAAUCUCAGCAGCGGACUCUGGACUCUGAUGCAACAGAGAAGCAGCAGCCUGGGCCUUUAGAAGCCAGAGGAGCACAUAAGAUAGAAACUCACAAAAAUGAUUCUCGACUCGUGAGUCAAGCUGAUAUCAGCGGAGAAAGGCUGGAUAAAGCAGAAAGAGCAGAUAAAGGUGACAAAAGAGAAAAGGGAGAGAGAGUGGACAGGGCGGAAAUGGGAGAGACAGUUACAAGUGGGGCUGACCAAGAGUCAAAUCUGAGCGCAAACAGGAUGAAAAAGAACCCCUUGGGUCGUCCUAAGAUCAGCGCGGACACCCUUAAAUCCAGAGAGCCAGCUCACAAUCACAUCAGCAAACCCAGUCUCAGUGUGAACCCUAGAUUCCCCUGCCCAAACCCCAGCCCCAGCCCCCGGAGUAACAUCAGCCCUAUCCCCAGCCCCAGACCCAGGGCAAACAUCAGCCCCAGUCCAAGCCCCAGAUCAAGAGCCGAUAUGAGUCCGAGCCCUAGUCACAGCACCAGCUCCACGGCCAGUUCCAGACCGACCAAGGCCAACGACAGGUGGUCCUACCUGAAAUCAAAAAGCCAUGCCAGCAUUACAUCACCGCAGAGAGAAAACUUGGGUAGCCUCGCAACCUUAGCUGACCCGCCCUCUGCUUUCCCCAUUACCCCUUCUAGCCCUCUCUACACCAACACUGACAGCCUGACAGUCCACACUCCCAUUAAGAGGAAACGAGGACGCCCCAAGAAACAGCCACUCCUAACUGUGGAGACCAUUCACGAGGCCACUUCCACCUCACCUCCAAGCCCAUUGGCCCAGGAAACCACUGCAGGGCUAAAUCGAAGGAGGAAGACACACACACUGAACACUUUAGUGCAAAUGGCCUCCACGAUGACCAAUGCCAACAGUCUCAAACUAAAGCGUGGAAGGGGUCAAUCCAGGCCAGUGAAUAAGACGAAGCUUGGGAAAAUGCAGAGCAUCCUGAAUGAGAUCCUUUCAGGAUCAAGUCAAAAUGGCACUCUGGCUCUGAAGUCAUCUUCUUCCCCUGUUACCUCAGCUAUGAGUGCCAUGGCAUCCACCAUUGAAGCUCGACUGGGAAAACAGAUAAAUGUGAGCAAAAGAGGAACCAUCUACAUUGGUAAGAAGAGAGGGCGGAAACCUAGAGCAGAAACUCAAGGCUCCACUCCUCCCAAAACCACUUGGGACAAGCCAGUAUUGUCUGUCUCCACAUCGAGUCUCUACGAAUGCCCCGCAGUGCCUUCCUCCACCUCUUCUCCCAGCUCUAGUGCUCCGUCUAUAAGAGCCAGUCACUCUGAUGCCGCUAUGCCCAGUUUGCAGCCCAUUUCAGCCUUGCCCUCUAAACCAGCAGGCAGGAGCUUUCUCACUGGGGGAUGGAAAUUGUCUCCUCCUCGACUUCUGGCUAAUUCACCAUCCCACCUGUCAGAGGGGGCGUCAGUGAAGGAGGUGACUCUGUCCCCCAUCAGCGAGUCCCACAGUGAGGAGACUAUUCCCAGUGACAGUGGGAUUGGGACGGACAACAACAGUACCUCAGAUCAAACCGAGAAGGGUCAUGCCUCUCGACGAAGGUACUCAUUUGAUCUGUGUGGGUUUGAGGCGGCGGAGGCAGCAGCUUUGGAAGCAUCCAACAGAGGUGGCAGAACACGCUGCGAGCGCCAAGUAACGGCUGUCGAUAACUUUCUGUCGCAGCAGGAGAAGAAGCAAAAGCAUCAUCGGCGGAAGAGGAAGUGCCUACAGAGUCGGGAUCAUCUUCACUUUCUCUCUGAACUGGACGAGGUCGUGUUAAAGCUCCAGCAGUUACGAGUGUCUCACAGACGAUUCACCUGCUACCCCCAGCAUCCCUAUCCUUCCAUUUUCCGCCUCAACUUCCACCAUUACUACCCUAUUACCUACGACUCGUACCCCUGUGACUCCAGUUCAUACCUCCGCAGGAGUGCUGAUCUGAAGGCUAAGAGGAGGCGCGGUCGUCCAGCCAAAGCCAGCGAGCCAAUCACAUCGAAGCUGCCUUUUGUUCAAGGAUAUGGUUAUCCGCUGGCAGGGGGAAAUUACUAUGCAGCACCGUAUGCGAUGCCUUACGCUCCUCCUCUGAGUCUGGGCUACUUUCCCCCUACUCCCCCAUUUUAUCUGCCCCAUCACUCGCUAGGACCGGCGCCCCCAUCUCCCUUCAUGAGGCCUGCUGUGCCCCCUCCCAAGGCUUUCCACUCCAGCGGACACUCAAAAAUCCAGCCUGGUGCCAAGCUUUGCAGCACUAGUGGUCCACUUCAGGGGCCAUCUGUAAGGGGAGAGGGUUUGGGAUCCCUGGGCAGCAGCAGCGCAGGUGGUCUUGCAGGGGUUCGUCUCCACAAGAGGAAGCACAAGCAUAAACAUAAGCACAAGGAUGAACCUCUUCUUUCACCACGAGACCGGCAGGACCUGGGAGGGCUUUUCAGCGGAGCUAAGACCAAUGCACGCCUCAGCAUGCUGAGUGAGAGGAGAGACUUGGCCAGUCAGGGUCCUUCAAAGCUUCUGGACAAGCAGAGGAGCAAUGGCAGAGGCUCUUCAAACCUGGGAUCCAGCUUAGGGAUUUUUGAGUCUGACCAGCUGUCCUCACACUCUCGUGCUGACAGUCAGUUCCAUUCCCUUCAGACUGGGCAGCCUAAAAAGAGCUUCAUGGGCAGCUACAGUAGCCAGUCGCAGCGGUCAGAGUCAGCAUCUGACCUAUUUUCGGGGUCACAAGAGGACGAGUGCGGCGGAAGGAGCAGGAGGACGAGGCUCACUGUGUUUGGAGAUCAGGGCUUAAUGUCAUUCCAAACGACGAGGCAGGAGCCAGGACAGAUGAACAAGUGUUCCAGUCCAUCCCUCACUGGUGUUCCCAGUAAGCGGAGGUAUAAACGUCGCGAAGUGGAACAGAUCCAGAAGGACGUAAGGAGGAUGCAUUCUUUGAACUUUGAGCAUGUGCAGAAGAUCCUUCGUGCCAAGCGCCUGCAGCGACAAGCCAAAACAGGAAACAAUGUCAUCAAAAGACGGCCCGGACGACCCAGAAAACAACCUCUGGAGGAACCGGAGCCGACCAAGACGAGGGAGGAAGACUGGGCUGAGGUUCGAGGCUUGGACAUGCUGGCUAGCAGGAGAAGUGAUGAGAGGACUCUGGGGAUGCCUGUUCUGGAGAGGUGCGAUAACCUGCCAGGCAGACAGAGCCUCAGGCCGAGCCUGACCCCCGAGCCUCUGGAGUUCUCCAGUCACGAUUCCAUCUCAGCAACUAUUGAGACUGUGGUGCAUCAAGCGCGGUCUGUGAAUCCGCUGGCCAAAGGGGGGAAACGCAAAGGCAGGGGCCUCAGCAGGGACGAACUGUGGGCUCCAUCCAGUCAGUAGACCCGCAGGAGAAAGCACCUCCUGCAGAACUGGAGAGCAGUUAACGGAGCCAGUGUUUCAAGCCUAUCAGAUGCAGUGCCCUUAAUUUUGGGACUCCUUGGUGCACUUUGACUUGUUUCUCCUCUCUGAUUUGUCGUGAGGAAUACAGUGGGUUGGUGGAGCAGGAGGAGGGAACACUGCUGGUGCCAUCCCUCAGUUUGCUACACCCAACCAGACAUGGGCCUUUCAAAGAUUCAUUGGACCUUUAUUUACAAUGGCACUAUAUGGUACUAUUUGAUACUGAAUCUGAUGCUCUAAAACUGUGUGGUACUUAUGAUAGUGUAGGAUAUUAUGUGAUUCUUUAUGUAUCUGAUACAGUGAUGUGUAUGGUACUUUAUGAUACUGUAUCUGAAUGUGGCUUCAGCCAUAUAUUUACCAGCAAGGGGAGGGGGGAAUGGUUAAUAUAAAACUGUGCAGCUCUGCUUAUUUUUGCCUUUCUGAGGAAGCUUGUCAAAAACAUGUGGAAUAAUAACUUCAGUAAUUAAGCCACCUUACCCUAUUACUUCCCCUGUUUUGCUCCCAUUCAUCUAUACCUUCCUAGUGUCCUCGCUCCCUUUGAGAAGUAACUGAUACUUCCUGGCAGCUCCGCACUCGUGGUCCCCCUCCCUGCUUGACGCUCACCCCAAUUCUUUAGCCCUCCCUGGUGCCUGCCGCUUAAAUCCAUCCCCCUUUGUCCUCUCACCUAUUCUCACUAAUGUUUUACAUCUCCAUUUCUUGAGCUCCCUCAACCUACCCGCUGUGUCAUUUUUUUCCCUCUCUCCCUGCUCAGGCCUCUCCUGGGCAGUGACAUAAAGGCAAUAUGGUGGGUUAGACUGUCCCAGACUGUACAUAGAAACAAAGUCCACUGUUGCCUGCCUUGUACAAUGGGAAAACCAGCUCAUAGAUGUGUACUGGCAUACAGUAUAUUAAAUAGAAUUGUUGUACCAUAGACAAUGAAAGUGUGUAUUGUUUUAUAACCAAAAAACAGACAUGGGUGUGACUCAAGACAAGCUUGUUUUCAGACAGACAAGAACCACAUGUAUUCAUUCAUACACUCAUUAUUGUGUUUAUAACCAGGGGGCAUUGCAUACAGGAGGAAUAUCAGGUGUAUUUUUGGUAAACCUUAAAAAAUUGGUUAAAUGCACUAUUAAAAAAGACAAAAAAAAAAAGACAUACACUUUCAUCAAUCAAUUGCAGCACUUACAUGCUUGUUCCAGCCUUAUUUUUCGGCAUUCGACGGUGUGGUUAUCCAGUCCAGAGACCAUGCAUUAUUUUAAUCAAAUUGUAUAUGCAGGCUGCGCAGCCAAAAGCGUCAAACCGAAGCCCGCCGAGUCUGAAUUGGACAGUUCAGCAGAAGAGGGCUCACACAGUCAGUGUUUUGAAAAAGCUAAUCCCAGUCUUUCUACUUAACAUAAUUUUCAAUCCAUAUCCUUGGAAAAAUAUUUUUGGAAAGUAAAUCCAGUAUUUAGAUUUAGAAACCAAAGUCUCAGUAUUCAGUGUAUAAUUUAAAAGUAUCUAAAUCAGAGUUUGACAAACUCUCCACCAUGUUGGCACCAAUGUAAAGCAUUCCUAUGUGCACUGUAGAAUGUAGCCAUCUUGGAUAUUUUUUUUUUUUUGCGUGUGUCAAUAUGUUAAACCUUUGUUAAACUCUAUCGACAGUAUCUGUGGCUUUGGGUAGUGGUUGGUAUUUUCUCAAUUAGGUGUUUCUGAAUAAUAAGCAAUGGAUCAGUGUUUCUUUGGCAACCUUGUUGAAAUUUUGUUUCAGGAGAUUCUGUUUCGUUCGGCCGGGGGUGGGAUUCUCAGUUGCAGCAGUUCGACUUGUGCCUUAUGUUUCUUUCUCUCACAAAUUACCAUUUGACCUGAGGAAUAUGAAGUGGCAAGGAGUGCCCCAGACAACGACCCAAAAUGUUCACGAUUGUGCAAAUGACACGUGUGUCUUAUUCACGAGAACCCCGAAACUGCCGGCGUCCCUUCACAACUUCCAUAGUUAGCAUCUUCUGUCGCUGGACGCUGCUGUCUGGUGUCUCCCAGCUUCCUCCUGGUUUAUUUUCUGACUCAUAUCAUCAUAACAUUGGUAGAAGGGCUGGACUGAAGGAGCUAUUAUAUUACUGUUUUAAAUACGCAUCAUAUACCUACCUACAUACUGCUAUAGCAGCGGAGGUGGAGAGUGUAUCAGAUGUGUCUCCAUCCAGUGAUAUUGAUUGUACCCAGAGUCUUAGAUAUAUAAUUAAACACCACUUACUCUGCCCAGUAAAUAAUGAGAGAUAUAACUGAUUAUAUACUUGGCAAAGGAGGAACAGCGGAGAUUUUUAUGGAAAUCACGUUCUCGUACAUUGUUGUUUGCUAUGCAUCAGGCCAUGCCUGGCAGUGACCUUAAAAGGAAUUUCUGUUCUGGGUCCACCCUUCGACAAAGAGAAAUAAGUGGUCUUAUUUACUCAAUAAAUUGAAUUCAUGUAUCAAGAAUUGUGAAUAAUACCAGUAAUAAUUUGUAAUAAGUUGUGCAGAAAGUGACUAUCAUCUCAUGAAAACUAUAGUGACUGCAGCUCUAUGCAGUACAGCCUUAACCAGAUGUAAAACUACAGUAUUAAUGUGUCUGUUGUAAAUAGUGUUAGUAUGUCCAUCCUGCAUGGAUACCAGUUAGGCUCAGCUAUGCUGGGACUGUCUCCUCAAACCACAGUAGACCUUAUCUCUCUAUCAAGGCUGCUCAAGACCCAAGGAACUAUUCAGAAAAAUGACAACCUCAAGUGAUUUUAAUAUUUGACAAAUUCCACUGCCUAUUGACAGUCACGGCUCCGGCCGGCUAAAUUACACUGAAUGCUAAAACGAUUUGCCUUACCGCGCUUUUAAAAGUUGAGGAUAUAAGCCCCAACGUCGUGCACUCGACCAAAAAUAGGAAAUCCCGGCUGACUUGUAGCUACUUUGCCUGCGGCCAGCUUGGGCAGUGCCGUAGCAGUGAGUAAGUAAGAGGGUUGUUUUGUUCGGGGAGCUCUCAGAGGAAAUAGCCAAAAAUACACUCGCCCUAAUGUUAGUGUGCUUAACCUUGCUUUGCUAGGUGAUUUUCAGUGGGUCUGCAGUCUGUUGUGGCAAAGAUGAGGUCUAGAAAUGUGGAGCGGUGAGGUGUAGAGGAUACACACUUGGCAGCUUACUCCUUCAUACUGUGGUCAGUCAGCGGUCUCUGAUGCUAGAGUUAAAGACCCCAGGUGUUGUCUGUCCUGUCUGUCUCUCCUACCAGCCAAUGCUUCGGUGCCUUCUAACACUGACAAGUAUUGUCCUAAUCCAGAGCUUUCACUCUACACAGAGACUGCAGAGGGGAUGUGGUUAUGUAUAGGGUUCAAGGUCACUGUUGUUGUGAUGUACUUAGCAGCCAAUCUGGACCGGUGGCUACAGGAGGCCCCUAAACACUGAUGUAAGGAUCCCUUACCUCGUCUUUGGCUUCGGUACCAAGGGCGGCGCAGCAGUGUUUGACCUUACGUUAGCGGUUUGGGGUGUAUUUCCUGUAGUCCGCAUUUACCACUUCAACACAGCAACUAGGAUGAGAAAUAAUGGCACCUAAGUUUUGAUUUCGCCCCUCGUUCAAUAUGUAGCGUGCUGCGAUGUGCAUCCUACACAUGGAGCAAGGGGGUCGUGUGGAACAGAGCCUCAUAAAUGUACAUGUAGUCAUCCUCACAGCAUACGUUACCAUUUCUAAGCUAUAAUGUUCGAAGCUGAAAGUGCAGAUGAAGCAUUGAGAAAACCAAUAAAUGUACUUCUUUAGAGCACAACGUGAGCUCUUCUAACAGUGUGGGCAUAUUUUAGUUUGUAUACAUAGUGUAUUUGAGCCUUUUUCUAGAGUGGGUUUCCUUUAUUUGCAUGCUCAACUUGAUUGUAUGCAUAAAUAUUUUAGACAAGCCGAAAGUUGAAUUUCAAUUGAAUUUGAAGGAAGACUUGUACAUUGUUUGAUAUGUUUCUUUUUGUAAUGAAUUUUUUAAUUCAUGAAACAUUUUUGUACAUUGUAUGAAUAUUAAAAACUGCAAAUAUUUGACAUAUAGAGUAAAUACUAGAGGCGCAUGCAUAUGCAUAUAUCCUUCACAGUAUGUAUGUGUAAAAUGUACACAUAUAUUUUGUAUUUGCAUUUGCUGGCAUACAGAUAUGUGUCUUAAGCACAUAUAUACCUGUAAUAUAUAUGUAUAUCCAUGUCUGCUGGCAUGCUUUUGGUCAUGUUUAUCUUUCAUGAUCUUGUAGGUUUCUUUUUUUUAUUAUUAUUUCUCUUUCCUCAAAAAGAAAGGCUCAUUCUUUUGCUACCCUUCUGUUGGCUGGCAGCGUUGAGCACUUAUUACGAAGAACUACAGUUCAAGUUGUUCAUGUUAUCCAUUGUGUGAAAUAAUAAAUGACUUUAUUGACAGUU